GUACACGUAUGGAAAACCAGUCGCUGGUCGGGUAAAGGCAGAGAUUUGUAGACGAGCCGUCGGCUUUAUCUGGAUGUCAGAAAAGCGAGAUAAAGACCUGUGUAAGAGCUAUGCCCUGACUACGGAUGCCAGUGGAUGUGUUACAGAAACUGUGGACCUGCAAGGCUUUUCUCUCAACACCUACAGCUUCUCUGACAGCUUGGAGGUAAACGCUGAGCUGGAGGAAUUUGGCACAGGAGUCGUUCUUAAAGGCUCAGGGACGGUCAGUAUCAGCAGUCAGAUCAGAACCAUCUCCUUUGAGGACGUGUCUUCAUCAUACAGGCCGGGCAUACCGUAUGAAGGAAAGAUCAAACUGGUGGGUCCAGACAAKCAACCAGUGUCCAAUGAGGUGGUCUACCUGUUUGUUGAAGAGUCUCAGAAACUCACGCUCACUACGGACCUGAAAGGCAUGGUUGUGUUUUCUCUGGACACUACCUAUUGGAAGGACACUGUGUCUCUGCGGGCAUCAACUAACGAGACAACAGACACGGAACCUUUUGUGCCCAAUUUAAGAAGACCAGUCUAUGGGACGGCCUACCAGUCUGUGUCCCCUUUUUACUCCAAGAUCAAAAGUUUUCUGAUGCUCAAGAAGAUCAGUGACGGGUUGCCUUGUAACAAAGAUGCAGAUGUGAAUGUUCAGUACAUCGUCCAGGGGAACGAGCUGAAGGACAAUCAGACGSUUCUAAACUUCUUUUAUCUGGUGCUGUCCAAAGGUACCAUUGUGGAUCACGGUAGUGUCCCAGUCACAGUCUCAGCUGGAYCUGUGAACAAAGGCCGGUUCAGAGUAACUCUGCAUGAAGUGAUGYAGCUGGCGCCGUACGCUCAGGUGGUGGUUUAUGCUGUGAUGCCAGGUGGAGAGAUGCUGGCUGACAGCCAGGACAUCCCUGUUCAGCUCUGCCUUAAGAACAAGGUGUCCCUGAACUUUUCCUCUGCCCAGACGCUCCCAGCAGAGAGAGUCACCCUGACCCUGAAGGCUCAGCCCAAGUCCCUGUGCUCCAUCAGAGCCAUSGACCAGAGCGUCCUGCUGCUGCAGCCAGAGCAGGAGCUCACCGUCGACUACGUGUACAGCAAGCUGCCUGUGCAGACGUUAACAGGAUACCCCUACGAGGUGGAUGACGAGRCGUUCCCUUGCAUCUUCAGACCAUGGAGGUUGCCAGUGUUAGAACGUCCAGCCGUGCCCGAAGCUGAGCCCAGUCCUACGCCUAGAACACCUCAGCCUCAGAACCCCAUCAGUGAAACGAGCCCACCCACCCGCAGUAUGUGGCAGUGGCCAGAGUUGGAACAUCCAGCUGAGCCUGAACCUGAGCCCAGUCCUACGCCUGGAACACCUGAGCCUCAGAACCCCAUCAGUGAAAUGAGCCCACCCACCCCCAGUAUAAUAUGGCCGUGGCCAGAGUUGGAAGAACCAGCUGAUCCUGAACUUAUGCCUAGUGCUGAGCCCAGUCCUGAAUUUGGAUCACCCAUCCGAAGGAAGCGCUCCAUCUUCAGACCACCCAGUCAGAACGAUGACGUCUACAGCGUGUUUAAA